AUGGAGGAAGACAGUAGGGCACAACUGUCUGAUGGAGAGAAUGAUUCUGAACGCCACAGAGAGCAAGAGGCGGAAAGAAUCAAUCAACGGCUCAACAAACAACAUCCUAAAAGCAGACUAAAGCAAGGCGCAAAGCUGCGGGAAACGUAUGAAAGUAUUGCAAGGGGAAUCACAGUUAAUGAAAAAGAAGAAGCUGAAAAGGUUGAUGAAAGUUUAGUGAAGAAGGUCAGCGAUGCUAUCCUUGAAGCUGAUUCCUUGUUCUCACUGGUUCGGGAAACUGGUGAUUCGAAACAACUAUGUAAUGAUGCGAGUGUGCUUCAAUCAGCAGGAAGAGUUCUCUUGAAGCAAAUAAACGAUAUUUCAGUUCAAAAUACUGCACGAACUUUGAACUUAUCAACUUAUGCCAUGAGAAUGAGACGUUAUGCCCAAGAGGGGCUAGAGUGUCAGACCAGAUUGGAUCGUGAACUCAAUCCUCUCAUGAUAGAGGAUGAAAUUGAUAACUCCGAUGAUGAAGAUUUAGAUUCUCGCAAUGACGAGUCAUCUAGUUCGAUGAGUAAACGGGAAUGGGCAUAUAUAGGAAAAAACUUAGGAAAACUACUUCACAAUCCUCCCACUCUUUCUUACUUACGUCCACUUCUGAAAGACGAAGAUCCCGCUCCUACCGAACAUAAACCGAAAAAAGAGAGAAGAAAGGCAGAUGAUAAAGAAGCUCGUGUGGUUGUCCGGCGAAGAGAAGAUAUUGAAGACAAUUCAGAUGAACUAGCUGUUAGUAAAGAGCUGGCAUUAGUGUCCAAAGCUCUGAAAAAAGCUUUCCAAAGACAGAAGAAAGAUAAGAUUGAUUACUACUCUUUUGUAAUCGACCCCAACGACUUUUCAAAAACAAUCGAAAAUAUGUUUUACGUUUCGUUCCUCGUGAAAGAUGGAAGAACCAAGGUGUUAUUAGAAGAUGGGCUACCUUGUUUAAUGAAAUUAAGUGAGGGAGAGAAGAAAUAUAUCAGUGAUAAUCCCAAAUCAGCCUUGGUAUCCCACCAGUCUAUUCUAUCGUUCUCAGUGCAUGAAUGGAAGGCAAUGAAAGAAAUCCUUCAAAUUGAAGAGCCAGCUAUUCCUAACACAAGCAAAUCCUCGUGA